GCGCGCACCAGCUUGGCGUCGGCUACCCCAGGUCUCGUCGUUGUGGCACAUGCCACAAGCGGUCUUGACCGGCCGGCGGUCAAACAGUAGCUUGGGCCAAGGCCUUGUCAAGGCAGCCAACAUUAAGGGACGUGCACCGCUUCUGCCCAACGCCGACAAGUCCUCACCGUCCGUCCGCUUCCCGCCUGUGCUGGGAACUCGUGCAGCCCGAGCCCCUUUGGGGGCUAUUAUUGCUGCAGCGCAUUCGGCCCAUCUCUGCCCGUGUGAUCUGCCCUGCUGCCCAUUGUGCGGUUCCCUCAGGCGUCUGCCCUUGUGCUGCACCGCAUUGCACAGAACCGCGUCCUGCAGGCGAGCCUUGGUGAGGGCCUUGCCAAUCGACCUCGCUCGUUGAAACCCCGUGACCACUUCCAUGUCAGUUGACUCGGCUGAUGGCGCUUUGGAAUAUUGGAAUUGGUCCUUGACUUUUCUUUUUCUUUUCCCUUCCUUCCAAUCUGAUAUGCGCCCGAGGUCACAUGGGCGCUUGAACCCCUCCAUCUUACGAUUCGCAUGCACAUUUCCGUCUCUGUGGUCGAAGUCAAUGAUGAGGACGACUCAUGGAGCGUGGUUGGCGGCGCGGCUGCCGAGAAGGGACAUGGGUCGAACCAAAAUGACCCCUUCUGGAGGGUGUUCUCAGUCGUUUCUAUCAGGCCACCUUGUCCCUACCCGCCCAGCUUGGUUAGAAUCGGCUUUAUGGUAGGCGACAGGUCCACGAUCGUUGGCGCGCAAUCCACGCCCCCCGACGAUCUCGUUCCGUCUUCCAUGGCUAAGGAUGCCCCAACGUGGUGGUGCCUGGUACUCUCCGUCAGAUCCACGGAUCUCAGUGCAGCCGCUUUGCGCAUCCAGCAACACCAAUAGAGACGACAGACGGAUGCCCAUCUGAAGCAUGCAUCCCCUAGCUCGGAAUUUGGCGACCAGGCGCCAGGGAGAGAAUAGAGAAUACGAUAAACUCCGGAACGUUGGCUCUGGCACUGGCGCAGGCGCGGUUGGUACUGGUGCCAGUUCCUGGGUAGAUUCAAGUAUACUAGCUCCGGGGCCCAUAUAGUCAUGUCCAGUCGCCAAGAAAAGCGCUGCGGUGAUCGGCCGAAUAGAAACAUUAGGAGAUGAAGUCAUGAUGGGAAGUCAAAAUUCCCGGGCGACGGGACCUGCCAGUCGCGGCGAUAUGCGGAUGAGGCGAAAGGAGGUUGUGGUGCUGGUGGCGCAGCAAGACCAACUGCAUCUAGGUGUGUCAGGCUGCCAAAGGCUUGGCAGAAGGGAGGGAUGGCUCGUAGAAGGAUCUUGGGUCGUGGUAUGAGUUCAAAGGGGAAUAAUCGACUCUCGAAUGGGGAUGCCGAGGGCGUGGGAUCAGUAGAGCCAAGAGUCUAUCUGUGUCUCUGGCACCCUUUCUCUGAUGUACCGCAGGAGGUUCUUCCCACUCCUGCCCACCACGCCUACCUAGACUAGGGUGGUGGGUGGCACUGGUGCUAGGUAGGUGGUGGUAGUCACCGUGAGCACGUAGGAGGCAGUGAGUCGACGGCAUGUGCA